AUGCCGGGCGGUAGGCCGAAGAAGAAUCGCGAUUUCUUCGAUGAUAAGCGUGAUGAGAUGUAUGAGAUGUACAUCACGCAAAAUAAGACUCUGGACGAAGUAAGAGAUCGUUAUGAGGAACAAGGCAUUUCGGCCAGCAUUCGAGCCUACCAAGCCCGCUUCAAAGAAUGGGGCUUCCCUCCCAAACGCGCCCGCUACGUGGACCUACCAGACAUCCACGACCGCGUCAAAUACCUAUGGGAGCAGAAUGUCAGUCACAAAGAGAUGCUCGAGAUCCUUAAUGCCGAAGGCUUCAAUGUUUCUGAUAGGCAACUCGCAAAAGUACGCAGGAAAGAUGGACUUAAGAUGAGGGAUCCGAAUGGCGACCAGCCAUCUCUGAAGCGGAAGAGACAGACUGAAGAUGGAGCGGCAGAUGAAGAGGAAAACGCAGACGCGGAUAUUGGAUUGGAUGAUGAGAAUUUCACUGAAGCAGAACCACCCCCACAACCGCGUGUCAUACCUCUGGAAGUGCAAAUCAAACGGCAAAGUAGGCAAGCUCAGCUGUGGGCGGAGAGUGCAGAGCGUCUACAAAACCGUACGAGACGUCGCCGUACUAAAGGAUGGGCUGGUCUGCCUCCAGACGUCGGGUUGCCGCCACGUUUUCCUUCCGAGCUCACCCUGGAGGAAGGCCGAACCCUCCUUGGGCUAGAUAAGAAGCUGUAUACAGACAUUCGAAGCACGUUUGAGGAUAUCUGCAAAGCACACGAGGUCAAUCGAAAGUCUUCCUGUGCGCCUGGGCUCUGGCCAUGGGUGAAGGAAGAAUUGAUCAGUCGCGUUCCUCAUCUACAAAAUAUUUUCAGAAUACCUGAGGCUGCAUCAUACGAGUCGAACCGAGAGCCAAUGGCUCUUGAUCUGAUUUGUAUGGACGUGACCAAGAAGAUACGUACAACAGGGAAGUAUCUGUCCCUUGGUGACUCUAAGAAUCUACUCGGUCUCACACCCGACGAGUCCCGUGAUAUACGCAAGAUCUUCUUCGACGUUCUCAAAGAAGACUUCUUCACUAUCAAGCUGGACGUCACAAAGGAGCAUUGGGAAAGUCUGAAGGAGAAAUGGAUCCAACAAUCACCUCGCUUACAGCGUGAAUUUCAGAAUCUCGAUGACAGCGACGUUUGGCAUAUGAAGCACAAAGCUUUAGAGGCUAUUGCAAGAGACGUACAAAAGAGGAACCGAGACGACCAAAUUCAGCGAGACCCUAACAAAGCUCAGAAGGAAAGCAAAAAGAAAGAGCCUAAGCCCAAGAAAGGCAAGCAAGACAAGAAGGAGAAGAAGGAGCGGCCACUCAAGCAGCCGAAAGAAAAAGGAGUAACACAUGGGCCUGAGCAUAGAACCCCAAGUGGUCGUCCUCCCUGGAUGCCAGCAACACCUCCCCCUCAAUCUUCCCCCUCGCUCGCAUCGGCGCCGACAAACAACGCGCCAGAAGCAAGAGUGGUACCCAUGGAGAGCCCAAGCGAAGCAGGGCAGACUCCCUUCCCAGCCCCAACACCACAGACUCAACAUCUCACAUUUCUUCCUACCCAAACACCCAACAAAGAUCAAUCUCCCCCAUCUCGUCCAAGCCAACCAACCGUCGACGCAUCUUUCACCUUCCCGGAAGCCGAUCUACAAAUCGACCCCUCCCUCCUCGAAGCCGCCGCGCUCCCCUCCACGCAGGGUUUCGGAACCCGCCCCACCGCAUACCGCCAACCCUCCGACGCUACAAGUAUCUACAUCCGGCCAUCGCCCGCCUCGCUGCAGAAGUACCCGAACAUCACGAAGCUGUGGCUCGACACUAUCACCCCGCCAUACGCACUCCCUGUGCUGCGAGCAGUCAUGGCAAGGAAAUUGACGGGCGCGUAUACAGUAGUGCGGAUCGAGGGACUGGCGGAUGGGCGGACGGUGUAUAAUCAGCUGGGUAGCGCGUGGGAGAUCGAUGAGGAUGAGAUUUUGGAGGCGUAUAUGAGCUAUCAGAGGGAGCAGGGGGGAAGGUUGUUUUUGUUGUCGACCUAG